GGACGCAGCUGACUGUGGAGGUCCACCCUCGAGACGCCAUGCCCGAGCUGCUUAAGAAGUUUUCCUUGGAUAAACGUUUGCAAGGUGAUAAAAAUGGAAACACAAGACCCCGGCAGCCUGGAGGGAAGGAUGCCCAUGCCUACCCCUGGGAUCGGUCCAGCCUGAAAUCCAUGCCCCUGGACCUGCAGCAGUUUGAGAAACUGGACACGUAUGCCUCACAGGUGACAGUCAAGAGUGGCCUGGAUGAGCUGGUGAACGACCUGCUCCAGGAGGCCCACAGUGACCUGGAGAGAGUCCGUGCCAUCUGGAUCUGGAUCUGCCACCAUAUAGAGUACGACAUCGAGGCUGCCCAGGAGAAGGACCGCCAGGCCUUCAAACCCAGCAACAUCCUGAAGACCCAGAAGACCAACUGUGAUGGCUACGCGGGGCUCUUUGAGAAAAUGUGCAG